UCUGAGCUGUGUUGUCUGAGAUGAAGAUGACAAGGAAGAUGAUCCAUAUACUCAGUGUAGCAUUUUCCAUCGCUCUUCUCAUGAGAGGAUGUGACGCACAACUGGAUGUGUGUGGCAGAGCAUCUCUCAACACAAGGAUCGUUGGAGGACAGAAUGCAUCUCCUGGUGCUUGGCCGUGGCAGGUCAGCCUUCACAGAAACAGUCGCCAUUUCUGUGGUGGAUCACUCAUCAACAAAGAAUGGGUUCUCACUGCAGCUCACUGCUUUGACAAUACUUCACCCUCUGGCCUAACUGUGUACCUGGGCCGACAGACACAGGAAGGAACAAAUGCAAACGAGGUGUCCCGCAGUGUCUCUGAAAUCAUAAAACAUCCAGGCUACAGUAGCUCUAAUGACAACGACAUCACUCUUCUGCAUCUGUCUUCACCGGUGACAUUUACUGACUAUAUCAAACCAGUUUGCCUGGCUUCAUCAAGCAGUACAUUCUUCAACCGCACUGUGAGCUGGGUCACUGGAUGGGGAAACAUUAAGACAGGCGUUGCCCUGCCCUCGCCGCAAAAUCUACAGGAAGUGCAAGUGCCUGUUGUUGGAAACAGGCAGUGUAAGUGUCUUUAUGGAGUCUCAACAAUCACUGACAACAUGAUAUGUGCCGGACUAAUAGAAGGAGGGAAAGACUCUUGUCAGGGUGACUCUGGUGGUCCUAUGGUCAGCAAGCAGGGCUCGAUCUGGGUCCAGUCUGGAGUUGUUAGCUUUGGCAGAGAUUGUGCUUUAGCUAACUUUCCUGGUGUGUAUGCCCGAGUGUCUAAGUACCAGAGCUGGAUCAAUGAGAAGAUCACCACCAGCCAGCCGGGCUUUGUUACAUUCACCUCCAAUGGUACCGAUGGUGAUCUGGCAAUUAGCUGUAGUGAUGUGCCUGCCAUUCCCACAACCACUGUCGCCACUACAACAACUACAACCGUUGCACCUGUAGUGUGUGGAAGCGCCACGCUGAACACCCGCGUUGGAGGAAACAGCUCCCUCGCCUCUUCCGGUGUUUGGCCUUGGAUGGCAAGCCUGCAGUUUAACGGCAGUCAUGUUUGUGGAGGAACGCUGAUUGCACAACGCUUUGUCAUGAGCUCUGCCAGCUGCUUUACCAGAUCCACCAAUGCCUCUGACUGGACCGUGAUCCUGGGCCGUCUGAAUCAGAACGGCUCCAACCCCAAUGAGGUCUCCAUAAAAGUGGCCAAUCUCACACUCAGCAAUGGUACAGGUGACAAUGUUGCAGUAUUGCAGCUGGCUGUCGCACCAAACCUCACAAAUUUCAUUCAGCCUAUAUGUGUGGACAUUGGAGGCAAUACCUUCAGCGCUAACACUCAGUGCUGGGUGGCAGGAUGGGGCUCAGGAGCAGGAGGAGUGAUUCAAACUCUUCAGGAGUACCAGACCUCUGUUGUGAGUUGUGGAAACUCAUCCUCAGACAACAGUAUUUGUACAAGUUCCUUAAACUUACAGCAGGGUGAUCAGGGCGGUCCGCUGAUGUGUAAGCUGGGUCAGUCGUGGAUCCAUGCUGCUGUUUUGACCAUACCAACACUGACCAACAGCACUGCAUCCCGCUCUGCUCGCGCUCAAGAUGUCCAGGUCUUCACUAAAACUUCCAGCUUUGCCUCAUUCCUGACAUCUGUUGUGGGUCCCUUCCCUUUAAAAGCCACAAACUCCACAAGUUCGACAACAAGCGCAGCAAACAACUCAACCCUGGGAGCCUCUAGUGGGUCACAAACAUCAUCUCCCUUCUGUUUCACUGUUUCAGUCCUCUUACCUGCACUUACUGCUCUUAAAAUCUUUCAUCAAGGCUGAGUCCUUGAGUAGAUUUAUUAAUUUUGAAUGUGUAUAUAACUACUUAUACACAUAAAUGUCUUCAAUGUGCUUCCUAUGACCGACUACAUAAUCAUACAACAUAAAAA